UUUUGACUCUGUUCCAUGCUCAUUGUUUGCAAUAGGGCCUCUGGACUGGACCUGUCCUGGGACUUGGUCGUCGAGACACCAAUUUCAAUCCAAUUCUUCUGACCUUUCUUCAAAGUCCUCCUUCCUUGUAUUCAGAUUGAUACCCAGCUACCCUCCCACCACCACUGUCGCCGCCUUAUCCGCCUCCUACCGCUCACUACCUCCAAGCCUGGAGGUGGGAGAUCCUGCCUGGACCCUAUUCGCUCGCUGAUUCACAGUCUGCCCCUUCAUCCCAUCCACAAUGGCCGACCCAAUACAUCCCCAGCAGCAAAAGUCGGGCAAACCAUGGAGCGGGACGAACAAGAUCCCCAACAUCAAUGAGUUUGUGGCCAAUCUCGACAAGUCAAAGGCCGACAGAGACAAGGCCAUCGAUCAACAAACCCAGCCCUCGACCACCGACAAGGUCAUCCCUCAUAGGAAUGAGAAGCCAAAGACAAAGGGCAAAGAAGUCACGGACCCCGUCACUGGAAAGCAGAUCAUCAUUGCUGAUGUCGGCAAAGAGUAUCUCCAACGUGCAGACAAUCCAACCCUCUCCGUCCCCAAUGCCAACCUAGGCAAGCCAACCACUGUUCAAACCCACCCCAACCAGGCCAAUCCAGAAUACAAGGAGAAGCAAGACAUCACGGCCCCCCCUGAUCCCAUUGCCGAGGGAAGUACUUCAGAUGUCCCCAUCCAUGGCGAAAAGACAAAUGUCCUCUUUCAUCCCACCCCCUCAGUCAGUUAUGAACCGAUGUUUGCCGCCCUCGAGCAGCGUGCCAGUGGUUUGUGUCUCGCCAUUCUAGUCUCAGUCAUCAUCGUGGGUAAGAUGUUUGGUGGUGCUCUCAAAGGCCUGAUCCCCUUGGGCGCCGUCCUUGCCUCGGGUGUCUGGCUGUGGAUGAAGGAGGUGGUGAGAAGCGGUCGCGAAGUCGAAUGGAGUAGUGAGCAAUCCAGAGGAGAAACUGCAACUGCAAAUCUUCUGCCCGAGUCUGUCGAGUGGAUGAACACCUUCAUGGGUAUUGUUUGGGGACUGAUCAACCCAGAAAUGUUUGCCGCCGUUGCGGAUACCUUGGAGGAUGUCAUGCAAGCCUCUGUCCCCGGUGUCAUCAAUAACGUCAGAGUCGCCGAAAUCGACCAGGGAAGCAAUCCAAUCCGCAUCCUCAGCCUGCGAGCCUUGCCAGAUUCCAAGGUCCAAGACCUCAAGCAGAGCAUUCACGAAGAAAACAAGAAGACAAAAGACCCUCAAGAAGCUGCAGCAGAUGAAGAGGGUGGUGACUAUUACAACCUCGAAAUCGCCUUCGCGUAUCACGCUAAACCCGCAGGCGCGUCUCCCUCCGAUCAUGCACGAAAUAUGCACAUGAAUCUCGUUUUCUACCUUGGGAUCAAGGGCCUCAUCGGUGUUCCCCUCCCAAUCUUUGUCGAGUUGCAAGAGCUCGUGGGAACCGUCCGCUUGCGGUUACAGAUGACCCCCGAGCCUCCCUUCGCCAAGAACUUGACCUUCACCUUGAUGGGAGUUCCUCACGUUCAGGCGGGCUGCAUUCCCAUGAUCAAGCGCGGAGUCAACCUCCUCAACCUGCCCCUAAUUUCCAACUUUGUCAACUACGCCGUCGCCGCCGCCGCCAGCAUGUAUGUUGCUCCCAAAUCCAUGCAGCUGGACCUCAAGGCCAUGCUGCAAGGCGAUGACAUCACAAAGGACACACAGGCAAUGGGUGUCAUGUGGAUCCGUAUCCAUCGAGCCAUCGGUUUGAGCAAGCAGGAUCGACGUGGUAGCAAGUACGGUGGCAGCGAUCCCUAUAUCAAUCUCUCUUUCUCCAAAUACGGCAAGCCAAUGUACUGCACCCGUGUCAUUACUGAUGAUUUGUACCCGAUCUGGGAGGAGACUGCCGCUUUACUCGUCACUCCUGAACUGAUCAAGGCCGACGAACAACUUAGCAUUGAACUGUGGGAUUCUGAUCGCAAUACCUCGGACGACAUGGUCGGAAAAGUCGAGUUGUCCAUGCAAAAGAUGAUCAAACACCCUGGGAAGAUGUAUCCUCAGAUUUCCAAAUUGGCUGGGGUUCAAGAAGGUACCGAGAUGCCUGGUGAAUUGCACUGGGAGGUCGGUUACUUUGGCAAGCCAAAAUUUAGACCCGCCCUUCGGACUGAUGGCAAGAAUAAGGAUCUUCCCGAUCAUCUCAAGAACGACGCCGCCUUCCAGGACGAGAAAGGCACGCUCGACAGUGAAGAUGCCGAUGCGGUCGCUCAUACACCCCCUGACCCACUGUGGCCAAGCGGUAUAUGCAGCGUCAUUGUCCAUCAAAUCGUCAACCUGGAACUAGAAAACAUCAAGGGCAGCGAUGGGAACCGUAAAGGCAAAGAGUUUGAACCCGCAAAGGCGUAUGGCGAAGCCACCGAGGAAGAGUCUAAUAAAUUACCUACCUCUUAUUGUACAAUCUUAUUCAACGACGUCCUGGUCUACCGCACGCGAGCCAAGGCUGUCAGCAGCAAACCAAUCUUCAACGCUGGAACGGAACGAUUCAUGCGAGAUUGGCGAUCAGGCCUCGUUACCAUCACCGUGCGUGAUCAACGUAACCGAGAACAUGACCCUAUCCUUGGAGUUGUGCCUCUGAAACUGUCGGAUAUCUUGACUACCAGUUCUCAAGUCACCAGAUGGUACCCACUGGAUGGCGGCAUUGGUUUCGGUCGAGUCAGAAUCUCUCUUCUUUUCCGGAGUGUCGAAACUCGACUGCCACCCCAGAUGUUGGGGUGGGACGUCGGAACCUUCGAGUUUAUCUCUGAUCAAAUCAUCGCCAAAGGCUGGACGGAAAAUGCCAAGUUGAAACUCCGAACUGGAGGAAGUAGUGGCAAGAUCCCUCGCAGUUCAUGCCACAAACUCGAGUCCGGUGAUGGCGUUUACUUUGACGUGUCCACGGCGGCCAAUAACCAUGUCCGCCUGCCAGUCAAGCAUCGCUAUCGAUCUCCCGUCAUUUUUGAGUUUCAUGUCACGGGAAAACGUGGCGCUGCGGCGUAUGCAUCCAUCUGGUUGCAGCACUUGGUCGACAACCAAGAAGUCCCCAUUGACAUUCCCAUCUGGAAGACCAAGAAUGGUGCCCGACUCGUCCAGAACUAUAUAACGGCGGAGAAUUAUAAAUCGAUGAUGGAUAAAGGACUAGAGGAUCUCCAAGAAGUUGGACGUCUGCAAUUCCGUGGACGAUUCAAGGCUGGCAUGGACGAAUCUCACCGCGAUUUCGUCGUCGAUAACGAUACUCGCGAGACGUAUGAGACCUUUGAAGCAUGCCUGACCGAGGGUGUCAGGCGGCGCGUGGUCGAGGCCGAGGUUCCGGACUCAAUCCAGGAUCUACACGAAAAGUCCUUGACCCAGGGUCGUGAUGUCCUCCAGCAGCAGACCUCGGAAAAAGAGAAGAAGAAAUGGCUUUCGAAAUCGGGAGAAGACUGGUCUGGAGCCUUUAGCCACGACCCCCGCGCCUACACCAACAAGGACUGGGAAAAGAUUGCCGAGCCCGGCAAGGACGAGCCACCUCACGAUCCAUUCAACCCAUCGAGUGACGAUGAUAAUUUGUCCGAGGAUGAGGGAAACAACAGCUCGUCCUCAUCCGACCUGGGAAUUACUGAUGCUGACAAUGCUCCCGAGGGUGGGUUCGACAAACAUCGCAAAAGUAGUGUCUCUGCCAAUGGACGUCCCAGUGGCGAAUCAGGUCUCACCACCGACACCAUGAACACAAAUGGGACGGCUUACACGACCAUGACCGAGGAUUCGUCGUUGGUCCAGCCGGUAUCCCGAAAAGAUUCGGACUGGGAGAAGAAGGCUGGAAAGCGAGCAGAAGAACGUAAACACCGGGGUUUGUCCCAAUGGACCCCAGCACGAAAUGUCAAGUUUGCCAAAAACGAGGCCAAGAUAGGCGUGUCCAAAAUCAAGAAGAGAUUCACAGGUGGGUUGGGAGGCAGGGAACCCGGAGUGGAGACAGAGGCUGGUUCGUAAGCCUGUCGAGCAGCAACGUUGUUAGCGUGGAAGUAAUGGAAAAUGGUUUUGUAUACCAAUGUCAAAUUUAGCUGGGUAGGAGAAUCAUGGUGCGAACACGAUCGAGCUGCUCAUGUUUCUGGUACCAAAAGGGCUUAGAUGGAUGGCGUUGGUGAAAGUGGACUUGGGUCGAGAUAUGACAGCAAACACAGGACUCAAUGGCGAUUGCAAAACCAUACACAUGUCUGGAUCAAGCCCGAGGGGAAAAUAUCCACUCAAACCAUUGUAUGUAUUCAUGUGCUUUACAAAGGGACAGUUUUUCUGCUAUUAACUGUGAAAAGAAAUCCUUAGCAAAUAUUUGUGAUCGGCUGCAAUAAUAAUCAU